AUGAAUUCUUCAACAAUUAAAUCAACUUAUUCACCAAUAGUACAACAACAUGAUGAAAAUUUAUUAUUACUUAGAAGAAAUUAUUUACAAGAAUCAACAUUAUUUAAUGAUAACUUUGCACAGAAUCAACCUACUGCACAAUUAUUAAAUUCAAAUAAUAAUUGUAAAAUUGUUAAAAGACAAAAAUAUUUGGAAAAUACCAGUGCUACUACUACUAAUAUUACUACUACUAAUACUACUACUACUACUACUAAUACUACUACUAAUACUACUAAUACAACUACUAGUAUUACUAGUACUACAAAUAAUAUUAAUGUUGAAACAUCAUACCCCGUUAAACAUAAUAAUAUGAUCAACGAUAAACCUGUCAUUCAUAAUCGUCAACAUUCCAGCGAAUUCACUAUGAAACCAAUGGACACUGUAAGAAUGUCAUCGACACCGUCCUCAUCCUCGCCACCGAUGUCACCGAAAAUGGAUUAUCUACUGUUUGAUGCACCGGCAUGGAUGAGACAAUCAAAAGUUAAAAAUCACAAAGUGAUCAGUAUUCCGACAACAACGGCGACAGCAUCGGCGACAACUGCAGCGGCAGCAACAGUAACAUCCCCUCCAUCUUCUAAUGUCGCUACAUCAAGAUUAUCACCAUUGUCUUCUAAUUUACAGAAUGAUCGGAAAAUGAAUUUAGAAAAUAUCAAUAUUAAUAGCAAUAAUAAUAGUAAUAAUAAUAAUGAUUUUAUGAGAUCAACAAGUCCACGAUCCAAUGGAUCAUUUCAAUUUGUAAAAUCCGGAUCACGAAGAUUUACAGAAAUGAACUCCAAACUUAAUCGUCCUUCCUACGUACAAAAAUCAGAGGAUGUUUUCAUUGAAAAUGCAAUGAAUACUGAAUCAUUUGUCACUUCCACGAAAAAUAAUAAAUUCCAUUCAAAUAAUAGUCAAAAUUUUCAUCACUGGUCAAUGCACGAUGAUGAUGAAAAUGAUGCAUCAGCAGUAGCGCAUAAAUUUAAACCAAUCUUAUCGCCACCAUUAAAUAAUAAUAAUCAUAAUCAUAAUUAUAAUAAAACAACUAUUCCAUUAAUUGAAAAAAUUGAUCAUUUAACAUCAUUGAACAAAUUCAAUGAAUCUAUUCAAACAAAAUAUAAUGAAAAUAUCAUAACAGAACAAAAAUCUUUAUGGAAUAAAGCUAAACAUUCAUCAUUUCAAGGAAAUGAUGCUAAAUUCCCAAUUGAUCCAAUCAAGCCUAAUUAUGAACGUACCAUACAUAGUACACCAAGCAGUCCAAUUAUGGAACGUAAUAUUAUCAUUAAACCAAUUGUUGGCACCGGCGUCGGCAAUGAUGACAAUGAUCAUGUUCUUCAUAAAAAUCAUACUAAACCUAGUGGUUUACCACCACGUCCAUUAAGAUCACCAGUGAUACGAUUAAAUGUUCGUUCCACUUCACCAUUAAUCCAUAAUCAAAUUCGUGCACCCACAUCGAAAUUACAAUCCACUACACAAUUUACCAAUGGUGAAACAACUACAUCAACACGAAUUGAUCCAGCCACUGGAGAAAUUCAACAUGUCACAUCGAGAACACGUUCAUAUACGGAUUUAAGUCAAAAUGCUUUAAUUACUGAAAUUGAAGAAAAUAUUCAAGGGGAAGGUGAUACAGAAAUUCGAGUGGUUAAACGUAAAACACGUAGAAUCAGACCGAACACGGUUAGAGAAUCACGAAGUAUGGAUAGUUCAGGAUUUCAACGUGAUUCAAGGAUGCAUCAACGUACAGAAGAAAUAAAAAGUGAAAAACAUUUUGAAGAAGAAUUAGGUUAUCAACGUUCUUCAAUGAAAGGUACACUUCUUUACUUAGUUAGCCUAUUUUUAUUUCCUCAAGCAUCCAAUAGACAAUUACACGAUAGCAGAUCAAUUGGUAGUCGAGCUGUACUCGAAGAAAUGGAAACAAUCACAUUACAACCAAUCGGUCGUGGUGUACAUGAUCUGGAACCGCCAACUGGUUCCAUAGCCAGAUCAGUUCGUGCUAAUACACCAAGUGGUUUACUUACAGUUCCAACAAUGUUGAAUCGACCACAUUCAUCAGCUGGACGAAUAGAUUUGGCCAUGCUGCCUAGAACAAAACGAUCUCUUAGUAAAGAUUAUUUCUAUAGUCCAAUACGUAUGCAACGCAGCACUAUUGACAUACCAUACAGUCAAACUACACAAGCUUUAAUAAGUCCAGCAAUCAAUAGACGAUUAGUUGGUUUCACUCAAACCACUGGUCAUUCUUCACGAAUUUCAAGCAUCAAUAAAAAUCCACUGCCACCUACUGUAGCCCAACAUGAUCAAUUCAUGUAUGGUAGUCCUGUGAAUCCGAAAUGGCAUCCUAUGCAUUAUAAUCGAUCAUCUGGACUGUUUCAUCAACAGACACCGAUGAAUAGAAAUUCCUAUGCUCGACAAACACUUACUCAAAAUAUACAAGAAAUCACACAGAAACAACGAUUUCUACCAGUUGAUCAACAAUGUUACGCAACACUGAAUAGACCUAUGGAGCUAGUAAAUAGAUCAUAUGCUCCUGGAUGGGAACAACAACAAGAUGGUUUUCGUACAAUCGCAACAACAAAUUAUCAUCGUGAAAUGCACACAUCUGGACCACAAUCACCAUAUCUCGGAACAAUUCGACAAAAUUCACAAUAUGAAGCAACACCAGUAGUGAAUCGAUCAAUCGUUCAACAAUCUGUCACACCAUUCUCACCGAAUGGCAGUUUAUCUGGAACAAAUAUUGGCGAUGCUAUCGAUGGUGAUUCGGCUGGAAUGCGUCAAGUUCUUGACACUUCUAAAUAUUGGUAUUUACCAGGAAUUUCACGUCCAGAUGUUAUUGCAUUAUUACGUGAUAAAGAACCGGGAAGUUUUGUUAUUCGUAACAGUAAUACAUAUGCUGACAGUUUUGGUUUAGCAUUGAAAAUUCCACCAAGUUCACCAAGAGUAAUGUCGAAUAAAGAAGACGCUCAAUCGGAAUGGGUCCGUCAUUUUUUAAUUGGUACAGUACCAAUGCAAGAUGGACGCGGAAAUGGUGUACAUUUGCGCGGUUUCUCUAGUGAUCCAACAUUUCCAAGUUUAGCAGCAUUUGUUCAUUAUCAUAUCCAGAAACAAGGUGCUCUACCAUGUACACUACGUCUUCCAGUAUUGACAAAUCAAACACUGUUAUACAAUCAACAACGAACUACCAGUUUAAAUGAACAAACAGGAGUUUAUGGUAUAGAUCCAUCAUUACAAACAAUUCUACCGACUACUAGUACAAUGACUACCGAAAUGCUUUAUCUUGGCUCCAUUGAAGUGGAUCGUCUUGAAAAUAUGAAUGCUGCAAUUCGUGCGAUCAAUAAAAUUUUCAAUUUAUCACAAUCUUCCGCAAAUGGUUUACCGAAACGUUGUGAAGUACAAAUUAAAGUAAUUCCAUAUGAAGGCAUUAUAUUCAGUGAAAAAUAUAAACGUGCUCUAUGGAGAAAAUUGAUUAAACCAAAUAAUUUAUUAUGGUGUGGUAUGGAUCCAGAAAAUCGAGAAUUUAAUGAUCCCGAAUUACGAUCUAAAGGAAUGUAUGGUUCAAAAAUAUUUGCUUUAGUGGCAAGAAAACAACGUUUCUGGUUACAUGAAAAUGUAGUUUAUGUAUUUUGUGAAAGUGAUCAACAUCAUUCAGCUAUGAACUUAGUACGUUUUAUCAAUUCGUUAUUUUUUGGUAUCAAGGAUUAA